AUCCCUGUACACAGUGCACUAUGGCCUGGUGGAAAACGAGCGCUGCAGGGAGAGACCCUAACCCUGACCUCAGCAGCGAGAGGAGAAGCCCUUCCUUCAGUGUGGAGGCCCUUACUAACAUUCUGGAUGGAAGUGUGGAGGAGACUCGCUUUAGGAGAGCAGUAGUGGGCGCCAUUAUCAAGGACCCUGUCUUCAGCCGAGAAUAUCUGUACUUCAAGACCCGCUCUGAGAGAUACGAAGGAGCCGUCAGGAACGCUUUCCACAUGAAGAAGAUGAUGAAGGAAAUGGGAUGGGAUGAAAACGGCCCGGAAAUUGGACUCAUAUUCAGGGCACUAGGAGGAGAAAUUGCUCUUAAUAUACAUAAUUUGUUUGUGAAUUCGAUCAGGGCCCUGGGCUCAGAUGAGCAAGUUGCUAAGUGGUUGCCCCUCGCACAAAAUUAUAAAAUCUUAGGAACCUACGCACAGACUGAACUAGGACAUGGAUCAUAUUUGCGGGGUUUAGAGACCACGGCCACGUUUGACCCUUCCACCCAGGAAUUUAUAAUAGACACUCCCCAGAUUACAGCAACAAAAUGGUGGCCGGGAGAUUUAGGAAAAACCAGCACUCAUGCUGUGGUCCUAGCUCAGCUAUAUAGCAACGGAAAGAAAUACGGCAUGCAUCCGUUCAUAGUCCAGGUCCGAAGUCUUGAGGACCACUCUCCACUCCCAGGAAUAACUGUCGGGGACAUUGGACCUAAGAUGUCCUUUGAGAACCUUGACAAUGGAUUCCUCAUAAUGAGAAAUAUUCGCAUCCCUAAGGAAAACAUGUUAAGCAGAUAUUCACAGGUUCUGCCUGAUGGCUCCUAUGUUAAACAUGGAUCUGACAAGAUGAACUAUUUCACCAUGAUCGCUAUAAGGGGCAACAUGAUCCGACGCGAGGUUCUGGACGCUCUGAUGAAAGCCUGUACCAUCUCUGUCCGAUAUUCUACUGUGAGACGCCAGUCAGAGCUAAAACCAGGGGACAAAGAACCAAAAAUCCUUGAGUACCAAACUCAGCAACAAAAACUUUUGCCCCUUGUGGCUAUGUGUUAUGCUGUCAGUUUUACUGCAAAAUAUGUGACUACAUUUUACCAAGACGUGUACAGUGAGAUUAAGAAGGAGAACUUUAACACUCUUCCUGAGCUCCAUGCCCUUACAGCCGGAAUGAAGGCUUUUGCAACAGAAGUCUGCUCAAAUGGAGUAGAAGUUUGCCGCAAGGCAUGUGGGGGCCACGGCUAUUCCCUUUACAGUGGUUUACCCUCUCUCUACACCAGAGUGACUGCUUCGUGUACUUACGAAGGGGAGAAUACCAUCCUGCACUUGCAAACUGCAAGAUUUUUGAUCAAAUGUUUUACUGGUGCCCAGUUGGGGAAACCAUUACCAGCCAGUACAGCCUAUCUAUCCUCUCCAGGGGCUGUUGGAUGCAAGGCCAUGAGACCUGCUGACUUCCUGAAUCCGGAGGUGUACCUGAAGGCAUAUGAGUAUAGGGCAUACAGUUUAGUCAAAUCCGCAGCGAACAAAAUCGAGAGCUUGGUAAAAUCGGGGGCUGAGCAAUACCUGGCGUGGAACAGCACCUCUGUGGAGCUUGUGAAAGCCUCAAUAGCUCAUUCCCACUACUUAACCGUGAAGAUUUUCGUCUCUGCUCUGAAUUCGCUGUCCGAUGAGCCUGCCAUUAAAGCUGUUCUGAAGCGGCUGUGUGACCUGUACGCAUUGCACGGAAUAUUCACAAGUGCUGGUGAUUUCUUACAACAUGGCUACCUGUCGGGGAAACAGCUGGACAUGGUCACCACUGCUUACCUGGGCCUCUUGCCUGAGCUCCGGAAAGACGCAGUUCUACUUGUUGAUGCCUUUGAUUACACAGAUGAAGAGUUAUUAUCGGCCCUGGGGAGCUAUGAUGGCCACGUGUAUCAUAACCUGCUUGAGUGGGCUCAGAAAAAUCCGGAGAACAAGAAGGUGACUCCAGUGUUUGAGACUUACCUGAAGCCUCACCUGCAAAGCAAUCAAUCCAAAUUAUGAAGAGGACAUUCCCACAAGACCCAGAUGCCACAUUAUGUGAUUA